GUAUAAUCCUUGGAAAAGCACACUCAUUCUUUGGGUCUGCGGGGUUGCGAGACACGUUGUGCUUCCCCACAGCGUAUUUCUUGCCCCUCAUCGCAGCCCUGCAUAUCCGGUUCCGCAGGCGACAUCAGCUGGUCGGCUGACUGUCAUCUCUCUCUCCUUUGUCGUGCUAUCUCUCUCUUUCUCUUCGUCAGCCUGCUCUUCUCUUUGAGCUGAAACUUUUCAAGCUCUUCCUUUGCAUUGAAGCAGUUGAAAAGAAAAGAAAAGAAAAAACAUGUGGCAGCCAACUUCGCCAACUUCGGAAGAGCCUGCGCCAACUGCUCCUCACGGCCAUGCCAGGACAUUGUCGAUGAAGCAGAAAAACCCGGGUCGCUGGUUUGGCCAGGUCAUCAGGCUCAAGAAAGACCGGGUGGACGAAUACAAGGCCUGCCAUGCCAAGGUCUGGCCCGAGGUUCUCAAGCAGAUCAAGGACUGCGGGAUAGAAGACUAUAGCAUCUUCUAUGACGACAGCCUGGGUUUGCUCUUUGCUACGUUUAGGUAUAUUGGUUACGACUACGCUGGGGAUAUGGAGAAGAUGGCGGGCAAUCCCAAGGUGCGCGAGUGGUGGAAGAUGACGGACAGCAUGCAGGAGAGCUUGGUUGAGGGAGCUGUGAGCUCGGAGGCCGGGACGCCAUCGUGGUGGAAGCCGAUGGAGCAGGUGUUUUUCCAGCCAUGAUGAACAGCUACAAUAAUGAUGAGGGGGGAAGCUGUAGAAAGCAAAGAAUGAAAUAAUCAACGCAUGGAAGACAUAAUAUGUAUCCAGGUUAGGGUGCUGGAGAUUGAUUGCUGGGGCAAUAGAUACGACUUUUGCUAAAUGCGGGGCGCUUUUUGCCAAUACAUAGAGCCAAGAGCUCAGAGAGAGCCGAGCUUUGGGGCAUCGAAUAUGGAACCGUCGCCUAUCGACGAUGCGGAAAAAAUAGAACCAAAAAAAAAAAAA